AUGUUUCCCGCCCUCAUCAGCAUCCUGCUCGUCGCAGCCGGAGCCUUCGCCGCCAUGAUCGACGUCAAGGUCGGAAGCGGUGGCUUGACCUUUGAUCCUGAUGUCUUCACAGCCAGUAUUGGAGAUAGCGUCGUGUUCCACUUCUACAGCGGCUCUGGCUCGCACAACGUCGUCUCUGGCGCCUUCGACUCCCCAUGCAUGCCAAACACCGAUGCCUUUUUCUCAGGUAUCAUUCCCGGAACUGAUGAUGGUGCCAACACAUUCACCAUCAACGUCACUUCCAAUGACCCCAUCUGGCUCUACUGCUCCGUCCGCACCCACUGCGUCAGUGGCAUGGCUGCGGUCAUCAACCCUCCUGCGGACCAUAGCAUUGCGGCCUACAAAGAAGCUGCUCAGCUCCACCAAGGCGCCGCCACCGACCCAGAAACAGUGCAAGGCGGAAUCGUCGCCAUCGGAUCUGUCUCUUCCUCCGCGGUAGCCACGCUCGCGUCGACUGUGGUAUCAGGCAAUGUGAGCAGCACAGUUACCUCCACCUCCUCUGUGGCUUCCACCGGCAGCGCGACAUUCUCGGGGACGAGAAAUCCUGGCGGACCGGCAGCAAGCACAACCAGCACUCCGGCAAGCACCAACCCGAGUGUAUCUGCUACGUCGACGCCGAAUGGUGCGGGAAAGACAAGUGAGUGGAGUGUUAUCAUGGUGCUCGGUCUUGUUUUGAUGGGCACUGUUGCUUUGAUGGCUUGA